AUUCUUGAUGUUAAAAAGUAUUGUUGCUGAAAUUUUGUUGUGAAGUUUAAUGGUAAUAAUGAGAUUUAAAUUUAUUAUUCAUUAUUUUGCUUUUUCGAGAAUGCUUUAUAUUCAGCUGCACUGUGAAGUCAUUCUGCUAUUUUCAAGCCAGUUUAAAAUUUUCUUCUUGCUUAACUGUAUGUUAAAAUCCUAUAUAUAGUAUAAUAAAUUUUACUCAUGUUUGUUGUGUGUGUGCUUUGUUUUGUUCUGUUCUCUCUGCAGUAUCCUAGUGUGAACCAGUUGUCCUCCAGUCUGGGAGGAUUGAGUCUUCAGAGUUCUCCACAACCAGAAAGCCUGAGACCGGUAAACCUAACACAGGAGAGGAAUAUUUUACCCAUGACUCCUGUUUGGGCACCUGUACCUAACUUGAAUUUAGAUCUCAAGAAAUUAAACUGUAGCCCAGACUCAUUUCGGUGUACUUUGACAAAUAUUCCACAGACACACGCUUUACUGAAUAAAGCUAAGCUUCCUUUAGGAUUGUUGUUACAUCACUUCAGAGACUUAACGCAAUUACCAGUGAUAACAUCAAAUACCAUUGUGAGGUGCCGAUCCUGUCGAACAUAUAUCAAUCCUUUUGUAUCCGUCAUUGAUCAACAUAGGUGGAAAUGCAAUUUGUGCUAUAGAGUUAAUGAUGUUCCUGAAGAAUUUAUGUAUAACCCCUUACGAUCUUACGGAGAGCCUCAUAAAUGACCAGAAGUUCAGAAUUCAACCGUGGAGUUCAUUGCUUCUUCAGAUUACAUGCUUCGUCCUCCUCAACCUGCAGUUUACUUGUUUGUUUUAGAUGUGUCUCAUAAUGCAGUGGAAGCUAGAUAUUUGAGAAUUUUGUGCCAGUCAUUGUUAGAAAAUCUGGACAAGCUCCCUGGAGAUUCACGAACAAGAAUAGGAUUCAUGACCUUUGAUAGCACUGUUCAUUUCUACAAUUUACAAGAAGGAUUAUCACAGCCUCAAAUGUUGAUUGUGUCUGAUAUAGAUGAUGUUUUUCUACCUACACCGGAUAGCUUACUUGUGAAUCUAUAUGAAAGUAAAGAGCUUAUAAAGGACCUACUGAAUGCAUUACCAAAUAUGUUCACCAACACAAGAGAAACACACAGUGCCCUUGGUCCCGCACUUCAGGCUGCCUUUAAAUUAAUGUCUCCAACAGGCGGCCGUGUGUCUGUAUUUCAGACACAGUUACCUUCCUUGGGUGCAGGACUUCUGCAGUCUAGAGAAGAUCCUAAUUAGAGAUCAAGCACAAAUGUUGUACAGCAUCUUGGCCCUGCAACUGAUUUUUAUAAGAAACUUGCUUUAGAUUGAUCAGGGCAGCAGAUGGCAGUGGAUCUGUUCCUUUUGAGAUCACAGUAUUCUGAUCUUGCUUCUCUAGCUUGCAUGUCCAAGUAUUCUGCAGGUUGCAUCUAUUAUUACCUGUCUUUCCACUAUACCCACAAUCCUUCACAAGCAGAAAAGUUACAAAAAGACUUAAAGCGAUAUCUCACAAGAAAAAUUGGAUUUGAAGCUGUAAUGAGAAUAAGGUGCACUAAAGGUCUUUCAAUGCACACUUUUCAUGGAAACUUCUUUGUCCGUUCCACUGAUUUGUUAUCCCUCGCCAACAUCAAUCCUGAUGCUGGAUUUGCAGUACAGCUGUCAAUUGAAGAAAGUUUGACAGAUACUUCCUUAGUGUGCUUCCAAACAGCCCUACUAUAUACAUCAAGCAAAGGUGAGCGGAGAAUUCGAGUGCAUACUCUCUGUUUGCCUGUAGUCAUUUCACUAGCAGAUGUUUAUGCAAGAGUGGAUGUACAAGCUGCCAUCUGCCUUCUGGGGAGACGUGGUGUCGCUGCGGGCUCGCUCUGCCGUGCGCUAGGCUUGGUGGGAAGGCUUGUUCUCGAGUUCGCGCUUUUCGUCGCCGCCAUGUCGGGAGGUGGUGUGAUUCGUGGCCCAGCAGGGAACAAUGAUUGCCGCAUCUAUGUGGAUAACUUACCUCCAGACAUCCGAACCAAGGACAUUGAGGACGUGUUCUACAAAUACGGUGCUAUCCGCGACAUCGAUCUCAAGAAUCGCCGCGGAGGACCGCCCUUCGCCUUCGUUGAGUUCGAGGACCCGCAAGACGCAGAAGACGCGGUGUAUGGUCACGACGGCUAUGAUUACGAUGGAUACCGUCUGCGGGUGGAGUUUCCUCUAAGCGGCCGUGGUACAGGCCGAGGCGGUGGCGGGGGUGGAGGCGGCGGGGCUCCCCGAGGCCGCUAUGGCCGCCCGUCCAGGCGUUCUGAAAACAGAGUGGUUGUCUCUGGACUGCCUCCAAGUGGAAGCUGGCAGGAUUUGAAGGAUCACAUGCAUGAAGCAGGUGAUGUAUGUUAUGCUGAUGUUUACCGAGAUGGCACUGGUGUUGUGGAGUUUGUACGGAAAGAAGAUAUGACCUAUGCAGUUCGAAAACUGGAUAACACUAAGUUUAGAUCUCAUGAGGGAGAAACUGCCUACAUCCGGGUUAAAGUUGAUGGGCCCAGAAGUCCAAGUUAUGGAAGAUCUCGAUCUCGAAGCCGUAGUCGUAGCAGAAGCCGUAGCAGAAGCAACAGCAGGAGUCGCAGUUACUCCCCAAGGAGAAGCAGAGGAUCACCACGCUAUUCUCCCCGUCAUAGCAGAUCUCGCUCUGGAUUGUCAAAAGGAGGAUUGAGGAGGAUCAGAUCAAUAAUGGAGGCAAUGUUACGUUUCUUUUACCAGACACGUCUUCCAGAGCUAGACACACUUGCAUCAGAAAGAGCCAGAUCCUUCGUAACUUGGCUUAGAGACAACAGACCGUUAAGUGCAAUUCUUCAUGUGGUAAAAGAUGAGAGUCCUGCCAAAACGGAAUUUUUUCAGCAUUUGAUUGAAGACAGGACGGAAGCCGCUCUCUCUUACUAUGAAUUUUUGCUUCACAGUCAGCAGCAGAUUUGUAAGUGAAGUGGAAUAAAGUUGAAUAAGAAGAAAAAGGUCCACAACCUAGGUAAAGCAUAUGUCAGAGAUGCACACAGGAAAUUUAAAGUGAUGGAUUUGUUGUUACAAGACAUAGCACGUAACAUAUAGCACCCUGCCUGAGGCUUUGGCAAAAGGUAAAGGGGAAGAAAGAACCUGACAGAUUUUCUUUAGCCUAAAUUAAUGGUUAUGAUGAUGCUGUUUUCACCAAGUAUAUUUUGAAUUGGUUUCUACACAUUUCUAGUAGUGCAGCAGUACAGUGCUCUAUUCAUUGCAAGCUGGCAAAUUUAUAUAGCUCUGUGGAAUGAGAUAUUGUAAUGUAAAACUAGAUAAAUUCCUUUUUCAUAGAAUUAAUUUUGGACUUGAACUCUGACAAGAGAUGCCCAAAGGCAUUGGUACCAUGUUAUUUGUUCAUAUGAAUUACUUUUUAACAAGGAAUGAUUUGUAUUCAUUAAAUGAAUUCAAUAUUUUCCCUGUAAAAACAAUAGCGUUUCAGCACAUGAACUAUAGAAAAAAAUAUAUAUGAUGUACAUAAAUGUUACAUUUGUAAAGAGAAUGUAAAAAUGUAACUACAGAAUAUGAAUUGCUUAAACUGUGCUGCAUUGUCAGAUGACAACUUUCUGUCGCAGUUAGAGAAUGAGGUUGGCUAAUUGCAUAUUAUGAAUUGAGUCCACAAAAGAAAUACAACUCUUUGUAAUUCUGUUAAAUCUUUUAUGUGGAUUUAUUUAUGAUAAGCCUACUAAUUAAAAAUAUUUUGCUUGA